ACGCGUCAAUUUCUGAAUAUACAAAAAUUAAAUCAAAAUAGAAAAUAAAAUAAAAGCUAUCACCGCUAUAUAAAUCGCACAACUGGCUCCAUCUUUCUGGUGUGUCUUCGAAAAAAAAAACACAAAAUCAGAAAAGAAAAAAUUACAAAAUCCCGUGGUCACAUCUUCUCGCCCGAUCUCCAUAUCCCCCGUUCAUCCUUCUUCUUCUUCACCCUGCCUUCGUUCUCGUUCUGUCCUUUCCGUUUCCUGCUCUCUCUAUUCUGUUUUCCCCUCUGUUCUCGCUUCUCUCUCUCAACCUUCCGAGUCACUCGCUCUUUCCUGACUCGCUGAGCCAUCAAUCACACCUCACCCCCGUCCCUUGCUCCGCUCUUUCUCAGUCUCUUUUGCGUUCCUUCUUAGCUUCCUCUCAGGGGGACCAGGACCGUAUCCUGAAUCGCCAUUUUUCUCGCCACCCCCGAUUUUAUCUUCUCCUUUCCGACGGUGAAAGAAAGUUUCCGUGACGAAAAUUAGGUUUUACGGAUCGACGAUGGGGUUGCAGGAGGAGAUUGUUCCGUAUGUGAACGGAGGCGGCGGCGGAGGACCGUACAACGACAAGGAGGAAGUGGAAGACACGGUGAUGGACGUCUCCGCUGCGCUAGGGAUUGGAUUUCCUCUUCAGAGGAAACACGUUAUUGUCGGUUACGCCCUUACCUCCAAAAAGAUUAAGAGCUUUUUGCAGCCUAAGCUCGAAGGUUUAGCUAGGAACAAAGGGAUCUUGUUUGUUGCAAUUGAUCAAAGCAGGCCACUUUCAGAUCAGGGACCGUUUGACAUUGUGCUGCACAAGCUUACUGGGAAGGAAUGGCGCCAGAUUCUUGAGAAUACUAGCCUUUCCUCCAUGCAUCAUGAAUUUGAUAGUUGAGAGCGAGGCCAGCAAGUGUGGAAUUUUCUACUUCCAUGGUCAUUUAUCUGAUUCUUUCAGGACUACAGAAAAACACAUCCAGAAGUAACAGUUCUUGAUCCUCCUGAUGCGAUACAACAUUUGCACAACCGCCAGUCCAUGCUUCAGUGUGUUGCAGACAUGAAUUUAUCCACUUCCUAUGGAAAAGUUGAUGUUCCAAGGCAAUUGGUUAUUAAGAAGGAUGCCUCAUCUAUUCCUGAUGCAGUUACAAAAGCUGGCCUAACGCUUCCGUUAGUGAUAUUUGCUCCAGUUGCAAAACCAUUGGUUGCUGAUGGGAGUGCAAAAUCACAUGAAUUAUCCCUUGCUUAUGAUCAGUACUCGCUUCGGAAGCUUGAACCUCCACUUGUUCUUCAGGAGUUCAUUAACCAUGGAGGCGUACUUUUCAAAGUCUACAUUGUUGGGGAAGCCAUAAAGGUUGUUAGGCGGUUCUCUUUGCCCGAUGUCUGUAAAAGAGAGCUUGCCAACAAUGCUGGUGUUUGCCGGUUUCCUCGUGUUUCCUGUGCUGCAGCUUCUGCUGAUGAUGCCGAUCUAGAUCCUGUUAUUGCUGGUAGCUUCCACCGCGACCUUUGCUUGAGAAACUUGGAAAGGAACUUCGUCGUCGACUGGGACUUAGGCUUUUCAAUUUGGAUAUAAUACGGGAGCAUGGAACUGGAGACCAGUUCUAUGUCAUCGACAUUAACUACUUCCCAGGUUAUGGGAAAGUGCCGGAAUACGAGCACAUAUUUACAGAUUUCCUUUUAGGCCUUGCUCAGAGUAAAUACAAGAAGAGACCUUACCAAUGAACGUCGCGUCCUUUCUUCCCUCCCCCCCAAAAAAAAAGAAGAAAAAGAAAAAAAGAAGAAAACAGUUGUGUGACACUAUGGCAAAAGAGAAGAAUGGGACUCGAGAACUUGAAAGCCGACGAAGAAGAAGGCCGAUGCAUCAGCUUUUUAGUUCGCUGUCCUAAUUGCUCUUGUGCAGCAGCUUGAAGGCGGGACCAGUCAUUUCAAGCCCAUGCACAAGGAGGAAUGAUCCAAACCCUUCCAGCUCUCUGUAAAUUAUGGACCAGUUGAUUGCUGCCGCAGCACAGCAAGAAAGGGUUCAGCAUCAAUUCACUAUCUUCCUUCACGUAGUCGACAGUCGGAUUUGGUGUUUGUGCAAAGCUCUGCUAUGAGGCAUUGGUGAAUCAAAAGAAGUUACCAGCCAGCUUCGUAGAUCUCUUGUAUAGGCGUUUGUUUGGUGUUCGCCUGACCUAUUCCCACCACGGGUUCCUUAGAAUAAGCCUUUCAUGUCUAAUUUUUAUCAAGUUCCAUGUACAUUCUUUUCUUCCUAUUCCAUGGUAGAAUAAUAUGAACUCUCUCCUCACUUCACUGGAAAAGGAUUCAUUACGUUUAUGUUCUUCAUUCUUUUGCCUUGUUCUAGCAAUCUAUUUCAAUUUAAGCUUACUACCUACCGCAAACAAAAGUUAUACUGCUUGCUUUCCCUUCUCGUUCUCCUUAUCCUCAUUAUUUUAUAAAGAGGCAAAACGUCGAACAGUUGGUCUGCCACAUUGCCUAAUCCUUCUACCAGUUAGUGUUCUAUUGUGCAGUAAACUCCAUUACCAUCGUACCAUAAUCAGAAGCGGAAAACGAGUGCGACAUUCCCAAUGUAAUCAAGGGACGGAAAACAAGAGUACAUAAAGGCAGAGCAGCAAACAGACCAUCCGAGUUACAAUCAAAACGCAAGACAACAGCACGAAGAAGGAACCACCAACUUGAAACUGAUCCCUGUAACUAAGCAGCAGAAAGCAAAGGAGCCUCAACGGCAGUACCGCCAUCAGCAUCACCGCCAUCGGCGGGGGAUUCCGCGGCGGAAACCAGAGUCCAGUCGGGAGGAAGCUCCGGAAGUGGCGCGUAAACGGUGGGCUUUCGCCUGAUAUCCCACGGCUGACUCUUCCUCGGCCUCGUCUUCAUAUGAUGAGCCGUCGCUUUCUUCGUCGGCCUCGAAGAGGAUUCAAUCACCAACCCGCCGCCGCCGCCGGGAGCCGGAGUCAGUCGUGCUGCUCCGCCAUUGAAGGGUUUGAAGGCGGAUGUUGAAGGGGAGGAUGAUUUGGGUAGGAGAAGCAGUGGAGAGCCGAAUAGGGAGGAGACCGACAUGGAUGCUUCUUGUUCCUCGUUGCCUUUUUCUAGUAUUGUAUUCUAUUGGAGGGAUUCUCGCUUUCGUUGCCUAGUUCCAAUGGCUGUCGAGAGGGGAUGGGUUGGCUUCGAGGAUAAGAGGUCUCGCGAGGUGAUGGGGUCAGCGCGGCGUGGCUGUGGCUGUGUCUUGUGGAUGUCGUUCUCUUCCGGUAGGAUUGAAAAGAAUUUUUCAGGAUAGGCCAUGCGUUCAUAUAACUAACAUUGGGCCCGUUCUAUCUCUUCUCCUUAUCAUUUAUGGGCUCACCGGGCCUCGUUCCUUGUAAAAGUGGGUCAAGCCCUCACACCCAGUCCUGACGGG